CACGUUUUCAUUAGACAUCACUUUCAAAACGCACCAUGAAUUUUCACUUUUAUCUGCUUUCGAUAAUCGUAUUUACGUCGAUAUCAAGAAAAAGUGACGGACUCUUCAUGGAAGAGCCUCGGACUGAAAUAGAAUAUCAGCCAAUAGGGGAAGUCGAACGGAAAGAGAUUAACGAGUCAUCUGCAUCAGAAGUAUCCAACAACCCACUUCCAGCUGAGCCCGAGCAUGCUCAAGUUGUCAGUACAGAGCACGUGACAAAUAUAGAUCCAUCUAAGACUUCCAUGCCUGCAUCAGCCUCUAUUCAGCUUCCUGGGGUACCACCAGUGAGUGGUAGGCCCCCGGGUAGCGAAAAGGAACCACUUCCCCCUCCUUCCGUUGAGCCAGAGCCACCUGUGGUACAACAACCGCAACCUCCAGUCCCUUUGACGGCAGCAUCGACAUCGACCACUGCUGGGUGCCAUAAAGUGAUGGACUUAGGAAUCCUUAUGGACUCCUCUCAUUACAUCUCUCCGUCGCUUUGGGAAGAAGAGAAGUCAAUUGUUGUGACUCUUAUGGAUAAACUUGACAUAACUCUUCUUGGAACACAUAUGAGUGUAAUGACACUUAGUUCAGAGGUGGAAUUUCCGAUCCCAUUCAAUGGAUACAGGGACAAGGUUGAUCUAAAGAGGAAAAUAGCAGAGUUGCCUUAUAAUUACCACUCUGGAUUGUCUCGGGUAGAUCUUGGAUUGAGUGCAGUCAAGGAGCGAAUGUUUGAUCCUCGGGUUGGAGUUAGGGCCAAAGUGCCAAGGGCUCUUUUGAUGUUUACCAACGGACUAACAGACGGAUCACAAAGUGCAAAGAUUCUUCAAGCUGUCGAUGAUCUCAAAGUUGCUCAAAUAAAAGUCAUAUACGUUAAAUUGGGAAAUGUAACAAAUCAAGAUUUCUUAACGACUGCAAGAAAGAAUUCUUUGGUGUUCAGCGAGAAUGACAUUGAUGGGCUUUCAGGGGCGUUACUGGAUACAUGUGUUGAAAUCUGCAGCAGUGAAAAGAGUACAAAACCAGUUACAUUAGCAGCAUCAGUACCACCCCUUGCACCUACACCUUCUCCUUGGCCUGCCACUCAACCUGCACCAGCUCCCUAUCCUGCACCCAUACAGCAGCCUCCUGUCCAAUGUCCAAUUCCAGGGUGCAGCUUUCCAUUGGUUUGUGUCCAAGCUUCGAUUUAUGCGACUUGUGUUCCUCCUCCUAAUCCAUCAGCAUCCACCAACAAUUCAUGUUCCACACCUGGCCCAUGCCUAACAACAGUUACCAAGACAGCGACUGACACAAAAACUUUAGUAUCAACCAGCACUCAAACAGAGACAAGUACAGCGAUUGCUACCAUAACUAACACGAAGACAACAACAAACACAGCACUGACCACACAGACUCACACACAGACAGAUGUUGUCACCGCAACUUCAACCUUGACCACUACAAAUACACAAGUAGCCACCAGCACCCAUCACACCACAGAAACAAGCACAGCUGUAACAACAAGUCACCUGCCAGUAACCAGCACGAAGACUCUGACAGCUACAAGUACAAGGAUAGUAAACACUACUGACACUCAUACUUUAACUACUACAGAUGUGAUAAGAACAACAGCGACAAGUACAAACAUUGUGACGAGAACUGCAAACAAAACUAACACACACACCUUGACAACAACUGAAACAGACACAGUGACUAGCACAGGAAUUGCAACAAGCACUUUACUCACCACAGCCACUGCAACAAACACAGUUAAUACCACUCAUCUUGCGACAAAAACAUUAACUGAAACUCUUACCACAGUAGCAACCCAAACUUCAACUUCAACGUAUAAUGCAACAAAUGUUAUUACUGCUACAACAACAUCUACAGCCACAGCCACCAGUACUGCUGUUUUGACGGCAACAAGCACUGCUAAGACAACGGAAACACUGACGGCAACUAGUACAGCAAUUUUGACCCAAACUUUGACCAAUACUCACAACCAAACUUUAACACAAACUAAAACACUUACGGCAACUUCCACCAGAGUAGUAACCACUUGUAGCGCUAACUGCACCAAAAUGGAACCAACACCCAGUCUCCCAGGCAGCACACCUACAGUGUCCUCCUCAGUGACACCAAACCCAGCAACUCCAGGCUGCACAGUAAAUUACACCAAGUUAGGUUGUUUCAAAGAUGACAGAAAGAAACCCCGCCCAUUACCAGAGCUGCUUUUCACUGAUCGCGACUCACGUAGCAAGGUCUUCAGCGGAAAGACCAUAGAUUGGAACAAUUGGAACACGUAUAUGACUGAUCUGGUUUGCCGAUGCGCUGAGGCAGCUAAAGCAAAGAAGUACAACUAUUUCAGCCUUCAGUACUUUGGCGAGUGUUGGUCUGGACCGGAAGCUGGAGAGACAUAUAACCGGGCUGGAAGUUCUGAUCAGUGUGUCACCAAAGGUUACGAAAAGUGUGAUCCCAGCGACAAAGAAGAGUGUGUCGGCGAUAAGAACGUCAAUUUUGUUUAUGGAAUCGAUGUUACAGUACCCGUGACCACUCCACCUCGGACUGCCUCUCCCGCCCCACCGGUGACAUUAGUAACUGUGUCCACACCGACACAGCCUCCUUCUCCAACAUCAGAAGUCAAACCCGAACCAACACCUAGUCGCCCAGCCACACCUACAGUGUCCUCCUCAGUGACCCCAAACCCAGCAACUCCGGGCUGCACAGUGAAUUACACCAAGUUAGGUUGUUUCAAAGAUGACAGAAAGAAACCCCGCCCAUUACCAGAGCUACUUUCCACUGAUCGCGACUCACGUAGCAAGGUCUUCAGCGGAAAGACCAUAGACUGGAACAAUUGGGACACAUAUAUGAUUGGUUUGGUUUGCCGAUGCGCUGAGGCAGCCAAAGCAAAGAAGUACAACUAUUUCAGCCUUCAACACUUUGGCGAGUGUUGGUCUGGACCGGAAGCUGGAGAGACAUAUAACCGGGCUGGAAGUUCUGAUCAGUGUGUCACCAAAGGUUACAAAGAAUGCGAUCCCAACGACAAAGAAGAGUGUGUCGGAGAUAAGAACGUCAAUUUUGUUUAUGGAAUCGAUGUUACAGGAACAGUGACCACUCCCACAAAGCCUCCUACGCCGACACCACCAGCAGAACCCUCAUGUGAUCAAGCCUUGGAUAUCGGGGUCGUCAUUGAUUCGUCAGAUAGCAUAACAUUGGAGGAUUACAACCUUUGUUUGAAGUUUGUCGCCGAUUUAGCCAAGCGUUUUAAAGUAUCUGAACAGGAGACUCAUUUCGGUGCUAUAGUAUUCAGUACAACACCUCAGCUUCAAUUCAGUUUCGCAGACAAAGAAUUUUACAAACUUAAACGCCUGAGGAAGAAGAUAAGGAGCUUCCCUUAUUUAGCAGAAGGAACUAGAACAGACUUGGCCCUUACGCUUGCUGACCUGGAGCUGUUUUCCGAGCAGGGAGGGGACCGGCUCGAUAAGCCUGAUGUUUUGAUUGUUAUUACUGAUGGAAGAACCCACCCUGUGUUAAGCAAACCGUACCCAGAGGUUUUACAACCACUUCAGGCUAAGAAUGUUAGAGUCAUAGCUGUUGGUGUCGGAAAGGAUGCGGAUAGUAAAGAGUUAACAGCCAUAGCCAUGAAUGAUAAGAAUCACGUGUUGAAGGUCGAUCAGUACAAGGAUCUAGUUAAAAUUCUUGACAUUAUUUUAAAAGAAUCGUGCCACAAAGCCACACCUCCUACCGCCAUUACAACACCUCCUCCGUCCCCUGCGAUGGCUGCUAACCUUCGUAAAUGUAACAUCGAGUACCAAAAGCUUGGCUGCUUCGUCGAUAAGCAGCCUAAGACUAGCACACUUGCUCUACCUGAAAAGAUGUUGAAGGAAGUCGUCAACUGGGAUCAGUGGAAUGUUUGGCUUCCAGAUUUUGUGUGCAGAUGCGCCAAUUUAGUUUAUGAGAACAACUAUAAUGUGUUUGGGAUUCACCUUUUCGGAGAGUGCUGGUCCGGUGUCAAGGCUGGUGAUACUUAUAAUAUGUAUGGUACAGCAGAGGAAUGUUUAGACACCAACCAACAGCAGUGUGGCGUUCAAUCAGUCAGAGAGUGCUCAGGAGACCAGAAUUCCAACUUCGUCUAUCGCAUCAUCAUCUCCCAAGGGGCACAAGUAGAACCCUCUCCUGUUCCUGAAACAGCAAAAAAGAGACAUGGAUUGAAGGAGAACUGUCUGGUGGACUUCAUCAAGAGAGGUUGUGUUAACGACUUGCAAAGUCGGAGGCCUUUGCCGCAAUUGAUGUUCACAGAUCUUGACAUUAACAACGCUAAGUUCAGCGGUUUCCCAGUGGACUGGGGAAGCUGGAAUAGUUAUAUGGAUGAUGUUGUUUGUCGGUGUGCCGAGAUUUCGCGAUCAAAAGGUUUUGAUUAUUUUGGACUGGGAAAUUUUGGUGAAUGUUGGUCAGGGAAAGGUGCUCAAAAGACAUAUGACAAAGAAAACACUUCUCCAUUCUGCAUUACAAAAGAAUUUGCUGAAUGUAAUGCAGAAGAUGAACAUGUUUGCAGUGGAAACAAAACUACUGCGUUUAUCUACAGUGUGAAAGAGAAUCACAACCCCAAGAAAGAGAAGGAUUGCUUCACCCAAUUUCAAAAUGUCGGGUGUUACGAAGACAAGCAAAUCAGUCCUCGUCCAAUACCAGAACUUAUUUUUACCGAUAUGGAUAUUAAUUCACCAAAAUACAGCGGCAAAAAAGUGCAGCUGGGGGAAUUGGACACCUAUAUUGACGACGUUCUCUGCCGGUGCGCUGAACGUUCCCAGAAGCUUGGUUACGAGUACUUUGGAGUGCAGAAUCACGGUGAGUGUUUUUCCGGAAACAAUGUUGAGCAAAGCUACAGCAAGGAUGGUUCAUCAAAGCAAUGUAUCACAAGAGACUUCCAGCAGUGCCCAGAAAUAAAACCUAGCAGCAAAGAGACUCAGCAAGACUGUAUCGGAGUGCAAGGCUCUAACUAUGUUUACCGCAUCAGAAAUUUGGCGAAAGAAAGCAAAAUGGACGCUGAGAAGUUGCAUCUAGGAAAGUGA